AAAGUAUCGUUCAGAGGCGAUUCGGUCGAAGAGAGCGACAAAAGGAGAAGCCGAAGAGGGGGGAGAUCAGAGAGAGAGACGAGGGAGAGUAUCUUCAUUUCCAUCGGGCUUCUUGUCGCCUAUUCGUUUUGGAGCUACUUCGCUUCGUUGCUCGAUCUCGUCGUCUUCUUAAUUAAUUUGUUGGGUCGUAUAUAUAUAUAUAUAUUUGCGGAUAAAUUUGGAGUUAAAGAUCGAGUAGUAUAAUUGGUGCGGAGCGGAGCGGAGCAGAGGAGGAAGAGAGGUGUUUUUCUCUUCUCUUUCUCUUCUCCUCUCCUCUCUUCUCUGCGAGGGAGGGGAGGUGAGACCAGGUAUAAGUAUAGCAGUAGUAGCAGCAUUAAAAUGGAGUGGCCAACAUAUCUGGACGAGUAUGAGAAGCUCGUUAUCCGAAUGAACACUCCUAGGGUGGUCAUCGACAAUGCGGUGUGCCCGACGGCGACGGUGGUGCAGGUGGACAGCGCGCGGAAGCGCGGGGUCCUGCUGGAGGCCGUGCAGCUGCUCACCGACCUCGACCUCUCCAUCAAGAAGGCCUACGUCUCCUCCGACGGCCGCUGGUUCAUGGACGUCUUCCACGUCACCGACCAGUUCGGCCGCAAGCUCGCCGACGAGAGCGUCAUCUCCUACAUCCAGCAGUCUUUGGGGACGUGGAAAUACGGGCCGGAGCGGGCGACGGAGUCGGAGGGGCUGACGGCGCUGGAGCUGACGGGGACGGACCGGCCGGGGCUGCUGUCGGAGGUGUUCGCGGUGCUGGCGGAGCUGCAGUGCGGCGUGGCGGAGGGCAAGGCGUGGACGCACAACGGCCGGAUCGCGUGCGUCGUCUUCGUCAACGACUCCGUGUCCGGCUGCCCCAUCGCGGACGACCUCCGCAUCCGCCGCAUCGAGUCCCGCCUCCGCCACCUCAUCAAGGGCGACCGCCGCGGCACCGUCGCCGCCGCCUCCCCCUCCCCCUCCGCCCCCGCCCACGUCGAUCGCCGCCUCCACCAGCUGAUGCUCGCCGACCGAGACUACGAGAACGCGGGUGGUGCGGCGGAGUCUCCCCCGCAAUCCGUCGUCGUCGUCGUCGUCCAGGACUGGGCCGAGCGCGGGUACUCCGUCGUCACCGUGCAGUGCCGCGACCGCCCCAAGCUGCUCUUCGACGUCCUCUGCACCCUCACCGACAUGGAGUACGUCGUCUUCCACGGCACCAUCCACACCCACCGCGAUCAGGCCCAUCAGGAAUUCUACAUUCGCCACGCCGACGGUACCCCCAUCAGGUCGGAGGCUGAGAGGCAGCGAGUGAUCCAAUGCCUGCGGGCAGCCAUAGAGCGCCGGUCCUCCCAGGGGGUGAGACUAGAGCUCUGCGCCGUCGACAGGCCGGGGCUCCUCAUGGAGGUCACAAGAACGUUCAGAGAGAAUGGGCUACUGGUCGCGAGGGCGGAGGUGUCGACGAAAGGGGAGAUGGCCUCCAAUGUGUUCUACGUGACCGAUGCGGCGGGCCAACCGGCGGAUCUCAAGGUCAUCGAAGCCGUCCGGAGGAAGAUCGGGGAGGACCGGCUCUAUGUCAAGGAAGAGCCGCGACCGCACUACCACCGAAAGGCCUCCGGCGAUCGCGAGGAGGCCAACGGCGGCGGGGGCGGCAUUGGGCUCUUCCACCUCGGGAACUUUGUGAUGAGAAACUUGUUCAAUUUGGGGCUAAUCAGAUCAUAGAAAUUUCAUACCUGGUGUAUCUUCGAUCCAAUUGGGUUGUGUAUCUAUAUCUAUAUCUAUAUCUAUAUGUGUGUGUGUGUAUAUAUAUAUAUAUAGAUAGAUAGAUAGCUAGGGAGAGAAAGCUGAAACAAGGAGGAAGGUGAAAUGCUGCAGAAUGAACAGAAUGAUUGAUACACACAAAUAGAAGGAAAGGAAACAGAGGGGGAAUUGGGGAAAUUGUGUCUUAGAAUUGUAUGAUGGGUGCUUUCUCUUGGUGAUUGUUUCCGGUUCCGGUGAAGAGCGCGCGCUAAUUAACAAAUUUAAAAAAAAAAAAGGAAAAAACUUGUGGCGUGAUCGAUGGAACAGAUUUCGAGUCACAGCAGAAAUGAAGUGAUCAUUAGAUAGACUCAUAUUGAGCUGCUAAGUCUAAUUUGUCAGUGCGUCUUUCAUCUGAGCCGGACUCUCUUUGGGAAGAAGGUUAGGUGUUGGGGAUUUUUCCUUUUCUUCCUUUCAUUGUCUUUUGGGAACAAAUAUCAUACUGUAAAUAUGGAAUUGAUGCUUAUUAGUGUACUAAAAUGCUUUGACAACAUGGGAGAAUGUGGUAUCUGCCCUACUUUUCUUUUGUAAUAGGAAUCUUUCAUAUGUCUCAUUAUCUUUUC